AGAAUUGUUUGUUAUUGUUAGUGUUAAUUGUUUUUAGUUCCUUCCUUUUGGAUCGGAUCUGAGACAGGGUGUUUCAAUACUGUCAGUGGUGUGUUCAAAGACUCCCCAAAGUUACUUCACUGUGUUUCAUCUUCUUCUUCUCCCCUUUCUUCAACAACAUGCUUGUUCUGCUGUUCUUCCACCGUCCAUGAAUGAAUGAAAAAAAAAGACUCUUUUACUCUUCAUUCACAUUGUCUGAUCAGACAUUUUUGCAGGAGUACAUGUUGGUAAUUCAGUGUGCUGAGUUGGAUUUUUAAGACUGUUCAGAUACCCUUCAUGGAGUCUCCUGUUAAUGGAGUUGAUUCCUUAUCAGAAGUUCAGAAUUCAGUUUCUGAGGUAAAUCAUGACCCUCUUUCAUCUGGGCCUCUCCUGAGAGCAUCUAGAAACAAUGAUGGUGGUCAUGAAACUAAGAUCAUCCACCAUCAAAACAGUCAUGUAAUUAAUCAAAAGCAUUCCCACGAAGAGGGCAAUAACUUGAAGAAAGAAGGGUUGGCAACAAAAUUGUCCAGCAAGCAGCCGCCACUUGAUGAUUCCAAGGGCUGUGAGUCAAAUGGUGUGUUAGUGUUAGAAUCUGAGAGGAAAGGAACAGUUGACAAUAAUGCAAAGAGCCACUGUCAGCCAGAGGCUACAUUCUGCCAAAGUCCUAAGAAUAGUUUCUAUUCAGCCACUGUCUACUCAGAAGCCAAAGGAAGUUUCACCAACACUGAAGUCAGUGAAUGUGCUAGUGUUGACAAAUCACGUGAAAGUGAAGAAGUGGCGAAUUCCAGUGAUUUUAAUGAGAGCAGGAAGACAAGCAUAUGUAGAGCAAGUACUGGCAGUGAUGCUAGUGAUGAGAGUAGCACCACUAGUUUGAGCAGUGUUUUGUAUAAACCUCACAAGGCAAAUGACAUAAGAUGGGAGGCUAUUCAAGCUGUUCGAAUCAGAGAUGGGAUGUUGGAAAUGAGGCAUUUCAGGUUGUUGAAGAAAUUGGGGUGUGGAGACAUAGGGAGUGUGUAUCUGGCUGAACUGAGUGGCACAAGAACUUCUUUUGCCAUGAAAGUCAUGAACAAGACCGAGCUGGCAAACCGCAAGAAGCUCUUGAGGGCUCAGACAGAGAGAGAGAUAUUACAGUCCUUAGAUCAUCCUUUUCUACCUACAUUGUAUACACACUUCGAGACAGAAACAUUUUCUUGCUUGGUAAUGGAGUUCUGCCCUGGUGGGGACCUGCAUGCGCUCAGGCAAAGACAACCAGGGAAGUAUUUUUCAGAGCAUGCAGUCAGGUUUUAUGUGGCAGAAGUUCUCCUUGCUUUGGAGUACUUGCACAUGCUAGGGAUAAUCUACAGAGACCUGAAACCAGAGAAUGUGUUGGUGAGAGAAGAUGGUCACAUAAUGCUUUCAGACUUUGAUCUCUCUCUAAGGUGCACUGUCAGUCCAACUCUAGUGAAGUCAUCAAACAACUUGGAGACCAAAAGCUCAGGAUACUGCGUUCAGCCUUCCUGCAUCGAGCCGACAUGCGUGAUGCAGCCGGACUGCAUCCGGCCGUCGUGCUUCACACCGCGUUUCCUAUCCAGAAAAUCCAAGAAAGACAAAAAGUCUAAACCAAAGAAUGAUGUGCACAACCAGGUGACCCCUCUUCCUGAGCUAAUUGCAGAGCCAACAAAUGCAAGAUCAAUGUCCUUUGUUGGAACACACGAGUACUUGGCCCCAGAGAUCAUCAAGGGUGAAGGGCAUGGAAGUGCUGUGGAUUGGUGGACAUUUGGGAUAUUCCUGUAUGAGCUUCUGUUUGGUAGAACACCAUUCAAAGGUUCAGAAAACCGUGCAACUCUGUUCAAUGUAAUUGGUCAUCCUCUAAGGUUUCCAGAAUCUCCAACUGUUAGCUUUGCUGCCAGAGAUUUGAUCAGAGGGUUGCUUGUGAAGGAGCCUCAGCAUCGUCUCGCCUAUAGACGUGGCGCCACAGAGAUCAAACAACAUCCAUUCUUUCAGAAUGUUAACUGGGCACUCAUCCGUUGUGCAAAUCCUCCAGAGGUGCCAAGGCAGGUUAUGAAUCUUCCUCAAACGGAAAAGGACCUUGGUGUGAAGCCUUCUGGUAAUUAUUUAGAUAUUGAUUUCUUCUGAUACUCAUCUCAUGUCACUGUUUCUUCUUCUUUGGACCAGUUUCCAUUUUCCAUAUCUCUCAUUUCUGGUGUUUCAUGUUUCUCUCUCCUUUCCAUAAAAGGAUCCAAUGUUUUCAACUACAUUGUUGUUCAUCAGCACUUUUAACUGUUGUAAGAAAUUCCGAAACGGCUUAUAUUCAGUAACAACUUUCUCUUCUCUUGUUUA